CCCAAAAUGGUCGAAAAAUGUUAGUCGAGUGCGGAAUGUCAACUCAUUCGGAGGUUGUCGUCUUGCUCCUCAAAAAUCAAAAUGUAUUUUACCUUUCGGAUGAUUCCGGCCGGAUCGCAUCAGAAGAAGAGAUUACAUUUAAACCAGCAGUUGAUUUUGAAUGGGGUAAGUUGUAAAAUCUUGUUAUCUCGUUCACUCUUGUUGUGAUUUAUCGCUAAUAAGAUUUAAAGUAACUAUUCUUAAUGGAUUACGUGGUUAUUUCACUGACAAAUGUUUGACACACUCUUCCACCACUUUUAAAAAUUUAACUGAUGAUAAUAUAACAGCGGUCGAGUCUUUCUAAUAGCAGAAACCGCAAUAAAGCCGAUGGUAAAAUCCUUUAGAUACUCUGCGGUCGAUUUUAACCGCAGAAGUGUCAAGUGUAUUUGACCAACUAAAUAAGAAAUAAUGGCCGUCCGUUUAGACACUAUGGUAGUUGUGUAAUAGAUUUCCUCGACACUGUCAAUGAGACAAACUGCUCAAGUGCUAAGUGCUGGUGUGUCAGCUGUUCCGGCUGAUAAUUUCUCCAUUCCGUAUUAUUGCCACUAGAUGUGGCAUAGUGUCAACUACACUCCGGGGUAGUAGGUCGAAUUUCAGUUUAUGGGGGGUAUUUAUUCUCUGGAUUUGGGAAAUCCCUUGUGUGGUUAUCUCAUAAGAAUUCUCCGCUAUCAUUUGGCACGUCAACGGUGCGUACGGAAAACGGUAAACACGAAUAAGCAACGCAUUCUCACGACGGUCGACUGUUGGACGAUGACCGCGCCAAUUCUAACCAAACCAGAAUGUCUGGUGAUAACAAUAGUGCGCUCUCAUUUUAAAUUCUUUUACAGUUAUUAUCCACCGUUUGUUUUUUGUUUUACCUUUUUUUCCUUUCAAAUGAUGAAUAAUUCCAGUCUCUCUCAUAAUUAAAAUGUAGGUCAAUCUUGUGCAGGUAUUUCGAUUGGGGUCAUGUAGAGAAAUUUAAAAAAAAAAGGCACUGAAAUAACUCUUGUCGUUAUAGAUCAUCCUGACUGACGUGUCCAACCGACUUUUUUGCUCGUCAGGUUUAGCCAAGUAAAAGUGGGUGGUUAAAUGAUUGCACAACAGGUUUAGCAUAUCCCCUACAGUAGGUCAGUGAAAUAGCUUUCUACAGUUACUCCCCUUGUGCAACUAGAGACAAUGCUGAAUCUAUCGAUCCCUCAUGGUGUCAGUCGAAUCGUGACUAGCUGUUGAAACCGGUUUGCUGAUUACUCUGCUUACACACGGACACGGAAGAGAAUGAACGACUCGUGUGUACAGUCUGUUUAUUUCAUUCCCUUUUUCAAUCGAGUGUCCCACUUGGCGCUGGCCAUGGCCUCAGCCAAUGAUAAAUGCAAGGAAGCGGUUGGAUCGCCUUAGUUUUGUUCGGACUGUCCAUUGUGCGGUGUCAUGGAGCUGCUGAAACGGCUGGGCGGAUGGCAGAGGCCGUCACUACUCUUGUUGGCCGCUACUUUACUGGUUGUGUCUCUUCUCUACGGACAAUCGCUGACGACGCAAUUGAAACAAUUCCGGACCGCAUCCAGCGUCGCUCUCGAUUCGCAAUGGAAGAAAGUGUUGGCCUUUUUUGGAAAUGACGAUUUUUACUUGUAUGUUGUUGGUAUUUUGUUAUCCAUUCAAAUUCCAUUUUGGAGUUUCGGAAUCAUGUUCAUGUUUGUGGAUUAUUACAACUGGCCCAGAUGGACUCGCAAGUACAAGCUCCAACCUGGAACUCACGAACCGGUUGAUUUGAAUCGACUUAAAGAGACUAUUCAGGUGGUGUUGAUCAACCAGUGGUCCGUUUCCUUCCCACUCCUCAUCUCCAGUUAUUUCAUGAAAAAGUUUACCAACACGAUGCCAGUCAUCGACGAUUUGCCCAGUCUCCAGCGUUUUAUCAUCGAUUUCAUCAUCUUUAUUAUCGUAGACGAAAUCGGACUUUAUUAUGUGCACAGAUUAAUGCAUCAUCCUAAAUUAUACUCGUGGGUGCACAAGAAACAUCACGAAUGGCCAGCGCCGAUUGCCAUCACCUUUGUGUACAGCACUCGGAUCGAAUUUGCCCUCAAUAUGAUUCCGGUUGUCCUGGGUCCACUCAUGACGAAUCCUCAUUUAUUCACUCUGUGGGCGUGGUAUGCAUUUGUACACCUGAGGGGCUUGAAGAACCACAGCGGAUAUCACAUUCCAGGGCUGACCAGUUCGGAGGAGCACAACUAUCACCACAUGAUGAACAAUGCCUGUUUCAGUCGGUCUCCUUUCCUGGACGGGAUCCACGGAACGGAUAAGGGCUUCCGGGCUUACCUGGCACGGAAGGAACUGGAGAAGCAGCAAAAGAAUGAAUGAAAUCACAACGUUUGUAAGCUUUAAAUAGCUUGUUAAGUUUUGUCUCAAAUGUUACACUGAUUGAUGGACGGUUCAGUAGUAUUUUAAUCCGAUUGUACAUUUUAUGCGGCCAUUUUUACCAGUCAAUAAAAACCCAAAUCAGUUUGAAA